CGUUGAAGCGAAAAGCAGGGGGAACUCACACAAUACGGAACAGCGCUCAGUAUGGAACACAAUGUCAGGAAGUAACGUCGAUGGUAGAUGUAGAGAGCAGCCAUUUUGAAAACUUUUGGGUCAUCAUAGAAUUCUUUUUUAAUUGCAAAGAUAAUUUGUGUUUUAAGGUAGUUUUAUUAAAGAGUUUUUAAGGUAGAUUUUAUUUGUUAAGUGCGCCAUUUGAGUAAAUGGAGGCUGCAAAUAUCAAAGAAGAAUUCGAGACUAAUGGCCCUGAACGUUUUGUAACAAUUCAGUCAAUAAAGCCAGAGACAGAUUAUGUACUCGGUGCUGAACCCAUUAUAAGUAUCAGCACUGAAAUAAUUUGGAAAGAUGAGCCAGAAAUAAGUAACACAGAAGAUUGUGAAAGAGCAACCCAAGUACAGGCUAGUACAAAUUGCAAUGAGGAUUCUGAAAUGGCAACCCAAGCACAUGAUGGUACAAGUUACUAUGAAGAUUCUGAAAUAGCAACUCAAGCACUGGCUGGUACAAGUUGUAAUAAAGAUUCUGGAACAAAGAAAAAACGAAAAGGAUGGGACCAACUAAAUAUGAUCAAUGCAAUAAAGACUGUGCGAGAAGGUUCUAUGGGGUACUUAGCAGCUAGCAAAUUAUUCGAGGUACCCAAAAAUACAUUAGAGAAAUAUGUUAAGAAAAAGAGCAUUGAUCCUUCAAUACUGAUUAAUACACCCUUAGGAAGAACGCCUAUAUCGCCACAUGAAGAAGAAAGCUCGAAUGAUAAGGUAAAGAAAGUAUUGAAGAAUGUAAAAAGGAAAACAUGGGACAAGCAAAGCAUGAUCCACGCUGUAGAAACUGUCCGAGAUGGCGCUCUUGGAUGCCAGGCUGCAAGUAAAAUGUUCAAGGUACCAAAGAUUACUCUAAGAAGAUACGUUAAAAACGAAACCGUUGAACCAUCAGUUUUGGUUAAUGCACCAUUAGGUAGAAAACCUUAUUUAGAAUCUUCUAAAGAAGAUUCUUCUUCAAAAGCAAGAGUUAAUUGGACUAAAGAAAACAUGAUAAAAGCAGUUCUUUGCGUUCGUAGUGGGCGAUUAGGAUACGCAAAAGCAGGAAAAUUGUUUAAAGUACCUUACCUUACUUUACGGUGGUACGUUAAAAACGCAAAGAUAGAUUUAUCAACAGAAAAAGAUAUUCCUUUAGAAAGUAUGUCUGAACUGACUGAAAUGAUGCAAACUAAACGAGAACCUGCUAAAAGGAAGUUAUGGGAUAAACAAAGCAUGAUCAAUGCCAUAAAUGCUGUAAGAGACGGUGCAGUUGGGUAUUUAGCUGCGAGUAAAAUGUUUGGAGUACCAAAAGUAACUUUGCGUAGAUACGCAAAGCUAAAAGAUUUUGACCCAUCAGAACUGAUUGAUAAGUCUUUGGGUAGAAAACCUGUAAUGUCACUGGAUUUGCAGGAGAAAUUGGCAAAACACUGCAUUGAGAUGGACGAAAAGUUUUUCGGUUUGAAAGGAGUUGACGUACUGGAAAUGGCGGAUCAGUUAGCCGCGCAAAAUAAUAUAUCUACCUCAUUCACAAAAGAUUCUGCUGGGAGAACGUGGCUUCAUAAUUUUAUGAAAAAGUAUCCCGAUUUACGCUCUAGAACAAACCGCAAUGCAUACGACAAAAGCAAAAAAUUAUCUUUUGAAAAUAUUCCCAAGUUUCUUGAUAUGUACACACCCAUAUAUGAAAAAGUAGACCGGAAGCCGCACAGAAUCUUCAGUGUCGAUGACAUUGGUCUUUGCGUGGUUGAAGAUGACCCUGAGACAGUAAUCAGGCUCAGAGGAAAAAAGGAAUAUUCUACAUUUUCUGAUGAAGAAAAGACUAAGUUAGUCACAUCGAUUGUGUGUAUGAAUGCCAGUGGCUGUUUCGUUCCACCUCUCAUCGUUUGGCCAACAAAAAGCAUUACGAAAAAAGUGACGAACCACACACCACCUGGUUCAAUUUGGGCUUGCCAUUCUUCUGGGUUUGUAACAACACAUAUCUUUAUGAUGUGGUUUGACCAUUUCAUCAAACACACCUGUCCAAGUUCAAGCAACCCUGCUCUGCUGUUACUUGAAGGGCGAAAACCAUAUGUACGAAAUAUCGAAAUUUUAGAUAAAGCAAAAGAAAACCAUGUUUUCAUCGUAAGUUUGCCACCGAAUUCUUCCCAAUUACUUCAACCCCUUGAAAAUUCUUUUAUAAAAUCUUUUAAAGUUCAUUACACUUCAGAAACAAGGACGUAUUUGGAUAGUCUCUCAGAUGAAAACAAAAUGCAAAAUACAGACUUAAUAAAGCUUGCACGACUUGCUAAAAUAUUUUCCGUUGCUUAUAGCAAAGCUGAAACUGAUCAGUCUGCAGAAAAUGCAUUUGAGAAAAUAGGCCUGUGUCCAUUUAUGCCUUCAUUUUUUCCGAGUCCUAAACCUUCAGGAAAACGAUCCGUAAUUAAGACCGAACCCAAAACUGAACUUCAGGACGAAUCGCCAAUGACUUGUGAGACGUAGUUCUCUUCCGUUGAACUAAAGCCAGGAAUAUUCCAUUUUUGAGAACUAUUAUUUAUCAGAAAUGAAUUCAGCAGAAAUAGAAGUGUCUCUCCAUCAAUAUCCUAAUGCAAAAUUCAUACUCCUUAAUGAUGAAGUAUUUUUAACGGUUCACUCAAACAGAAGGGGUGUCUUAAAUUCACGUUUUUUCCGUGUUAUUUCUUUUUUUAACUGAAAAUAAAUUCAAAUUAAAUCAUUAAAAUAUGAUUCGCAUUAUUCUCUAUCCUGUUACUCUGGAGAUAGAUUAAUAAAAUUGUGCUAAUUUAUGGUCUCCUAACCCCUAUGUAAUUAUUCAAACUGUAAUAAAAGAUAAAAUACUGGUAA